UGGGGAGAAGACUGCGAGGACCUCAGGCAGGGGAGCCAUGAAAGAUGAAGUGAAAAGACCAGUUGUGUGGUCAAGUGACUGAGAUGGGCUCUUCCAUUGCACAUGGGAUCUCUCUUCCUACUGACUCUCCGUAGUUGUCCUGUUUUCACCAUGAGAGGAUCUGUCAGGUACUUGACCUCCGUACCCUCAUACUGGCGCUGCCGUUUUGCUGCGUGAGCGCCCCCUCUCUUCCGGCAGUUACUGCCCGGAAUGGCCUCUCUGGACCUGCCAUACCGCUGUCCUCGCUGCGGGGAGCACAAGCGCUUCCGAAGCCUGUCGUCCUUACGUGCCCACCUGGAGUACAACCACACGUACGAGACCCUCUACGUCCUCUCCAAGUCCAACAGUGUAUGCGACGCCGCUGCUCUGCUGCCCCUAGUGGCUGAGGGAGCUCUCCUCACGCCUGCCAACAACAACGACCCUUUUGAGCCGCUGCGGCCCUCAGCUUUAAAGGAGCGGCGCUUUCCUUGCCGUGAACUUCCUUGCUCGGACGACCUGAGUUUAACCCCUGCUAACUCCAACACCGCAGCUCGGUACAUUCCCAAUGUGGAGUUUCCCCUGGGGGAGAUUUUUAUGAAGAAAGCCAUGACAUCCACAGACCCAGGUCCCCAUGGAAACCCCAGCACAGCUGUGGCAGUGGCUGCUAACGUAGCGGCCAGUGCAGUGGAGGCAGCCUAUGAGGAAGGCCUGGCCAGGCUGAAGGCGCGGGCGUUUGAACGGCUGGAGCUGGAUGAAAGGCUGGAGAAGCUGUCUGAAGAGGUGGAGCAGAAAAUAGCUGCCCGUGUAGGCCGUCUUCAGGCAGAGCUGGAGAGGAAGAGCUCCGAGCUGGAACGGGCCAAGCAAGAGAGCGAGCGUCUGAGCCAGGAGAAACAAGACCUGGAGGACAAGGCCUCCGAGCUGUCUCGGCAGGUGGACGUCUCCGUGGAAAUGCUAGCUAACCUCAAGCAGGAUCUGGUGAACAAGGAGACAGAGCUCAACCACAAACAGCAGGAGGUCGCUCAGAUUGACCAGUUCCUUCAGGAGACAGCAGCACGGGAAGCCAACGCCAAAGUACGUCUGCAGCAGUUCAUUGAGGAGCUGCUGGACCGAGCCGACCGCGCAGAAAAACAGCUGCAGAUCAUCAGCAGCUGUGGCACCACACCGAACGGCAGCCUGGGGCGCUGCAGCCUCCAGGCCUCCAAGGGCAAUGGACGCCAGAGAAACUCCAGCAUCUCUGGGAGCACAAGAGGCAUGUACCAGGUGUCAGACCGACGCUCCUCCCCCAGCACAGGAGCAUCAGGUCGGAUCAAGUCCGUCUCACAGGGAUCUGGAGGUUAUGACAGUGACAGCGUCGAGAUGCAUCCCAUGGAGGAUUGUCCCGAGGCUCAGUACUAUCACAUGCAGUGCCGGCUGGGUGAAGGGGGUUACGAGCGGUCCCCUGGAUGUGGCGGCGGUAGCUCAAGAAACUGGGGUCUCCGUAAACAGGCUAUCCAAAACUGGCAGCGACGACCUUACAGGAACAGCACCGAAGGCGAGGAGGGAGACGUGUCAGACGUGGGCUCCCGGACCACUGAGUCUGAAGUGGAGAUGUGGGAGCAAGAGAGGAGAGCCGUAGCUGAAGUCCAGCAGUCUGCCGCCCCCUAUCCUCACCACGGCAGGGCGGGAUACCGGCCUAACGCAGGACGGUCGGAAGGGGUCUACAGCAAGCCAUGCCGACAUGAAAAGAGCCCAUCUAAAUCCAAUGAGGUGAUCAGUCCAGAGAUCCUGAAGAUGCGUGCUGCUCUCUUCUGUAUCUUCACCUACCUGGAUACUAAAACCCUGCUGAGAGCUGCUGAGGUCUGCCGGGACUGGAAGUUCGUGGCACGUCACCCUGCUGUGUGGACCAGAGUUCUUCUGGAGAACGCUCGCAUUUCUUCCAAGUUCCUGAGCACAUUGUCUCAGUGGUGCACACAGACGCACUCCCUCAUCCUCCAAAACCUCAAACCGCGACAGCGAGGCAAGAAGGAAACCAAGGAGGACUACCUUAAAAGCACACGUGGCUGUCUGGAGGAGGGUCUGGAGGCGUUGUUGAAGGCCACAGGAAGCAACCUGCUGAUACUGAAGAUUUCACACUGCCCCAAUCUGCUGACUGAUCGCUCCCUCUGGCUGGCUAGCUGCUACUGCCGGGCUCUGCAGGCUGUAACCUACAGGAGUGCCACAGACCCAGUUGGCCAGGAGGUGAUCUGGGCCCUUGGAGCAGGUUGUAGAGACAUCAUCUCCCUACAGGUGGCGCCACUACACCCAUGCCAACAACCUGCUCGUUUCAGUAACCGAUGUCUGCAGACUAUUGGAAGAUGUUGGCCUCACCUCCGUGCUCUCGGUGUGGGAGGGGCUGGAUGUGGCAUUCAGGGUUUGGCCUCACUGGCGAGGAACUGCAUGCGUCUACAGGUGCUGGAGUUGGACCAUGUGAGUGAAAUCAACCAGGAGGUGGCAGCAGAGGUUUGCAGAGAGGGCCUGAAAGGUCUGGAGAUGCUUGUGCUCACUUCCACACCAGUCACCCCAAAAGCCCUGCUCCACUUCAACAGUGUUUGUCGCAACCUGAAGUCCAUUGUGGUUCAAAUUGGUAUAGAAGACUACUUUGAGGACCCCAACAGUCCUGAAGCUAGAAAACUGUUUGAUGAGAUGGUAAACAAGCUGCAGGCUCUGAAGAAGAGACCUGGCUUCUCCAAAAUCCUCCAUGUGAAAGCAGACAGUCUCUGCUAACAUCUUUUGUGCAGAUACUUCAAAUCUUGGGGAGGCGCCAUCUUGGCUCCAGUUAAUCAAAAAGACCCAGCUGUUUUGAGCCUGCUCUAUGGGGUUGAAUGCGUCUGCAGCACCGACAGAAACAACAGAAGUUCGCCAUGAUGAACCAGGACCGAGGCUCAAUGUGCAUACUCUCCAAGUACAAACUUGAAACAGAAAAACUCAUUUACUACUCCAGUAGCGGAAAUCAAUAUCUUCUUAAUGUUGGUUAUGGCAGAAAGCCAGUCAGGAGGCUUAUUUGGACUAACAAUGGCACUAUAGAUGAGAUUAAGGGCCUGUUUUAAACUUUACUGACUCAAAUAACCCAACUAAAUGUAAGAUCAGUCUCUCUCAGUCGUGUUUUGCUUUCACCAUAAAAAUGGAUCAUGUCAUCGCACAGAGCCAGACCCCUUUCUUGAAGCGCCUGGAGCCAGGUGACAGCGCUGUAUUUAACUGUCUGCAUCUACACAAUGCUUGAUGUAAGAACCUGAGACUACCUUCAGCUCGUGGGCAGGAGCACAUUAUACAGCUUACAUACUUCCCACAGAGAAGAAUAUUAAGUGGUGUCAGGUUUGAGAAAAUGUGGA